AUGGAUCACUUUCCUGCUAACCUUUCUUUUUCUUCCCGUCUAGGCGGCUGGGAUCCUGCCACCGGAGACGUUGCCGGCACGAGCACCCAGCUCGAGCAGAUCGAGCAAGCCUUCAAGAAUGUCGACAUGAACCUGAAGCGAGCCGGCGCAGAACGAGGCUGGGGCCAGGUCUUCCGGGUCAACAGCUACCACAUCCCGCUCAACGACGAGGUGAUCGAGAAAUUCAAGACCGAGAUCGCCAAGUGGUGUGGAAACGAGCACCGGCCGAUCUGGACGUGCGUGGAGGUGCCCCGGCUGGGACUCGAGAAUAUGAAGGUGGAGAUUGAGGUCAGUGCCCACGUUGGAAAUUGA